AUGGCUUCCGGCCUGAAUUUCACGGACAAGACUCAGGAGUCCCUUGCUGCUGCGAUUCAGCUAGCAAAGGACUAUGCUAAUGCUCAGGUCCAUCCCGCUCAUAUCGCGUUCGUCCUCUUGAAUGAAGGCGGCACGGACCAGGCUGUUCCUGGCGGCUUCAGCCAGCAGCACAGCAAUUCGCUUUUCAACUCCGUGAUACAACGAGCAGGAGGUGAUCCAGCUCUUGUCAAGCGCGGACUCCAGAGGCUAAUUGUCCGCAUACCCACCCAGUCCCCGCCACCGGAUGACAUUUCCCUCAGCUCUAAUGCUUCCAAGGUCCUUCGUGACGCAGAAUCGCUACGAAAAACAAUGCACGAUUCGUACAUUGCACAAGAUCACAUUCUUGCUGCCCUGAUCAAGGACACGUCUCUCGCACCCGUUCUCAAGGAAGCUGGUCUUACUGAGGCAACCCUCAAAACCGCCAUCGACCAACUUCGUGGCAACCGGAGAGUGGAGAGUAAAAACGCUGAACAGGGUUUCGAUGCAUUGCAGAAGUACGCUGUGGAUCUCACAGCUCUCGCCGAAGAGGGAAAACUCGACCCUGUGAUAGGUCGCGACAAUGAGAUUCGCCGAGCCAUUCGUAUCCUCUGCAGAAGGACGAAGAACAAUCCGAUUUUGCUGGGCGAACCAGGCGUCGGAAAAUCUGCCAUAGCGGAAGGUCUGGCUCAGCGUAUCGUCAAUCGCGAUGUUCCUGCUUCCCUGCUCGGACGUCUUUACUCCUUGGACAUGGGUGCCCUCAUGGCCGGCGCAAAGUACAAGGGGGAGUACGAGGAGCGUGUCAAGUCCGUUCUUAACGAGGUCGAGAAGGCAUCCGAGGAGGGUACUGGCGUCAUCCUCUUUAUCGAUGAGUUGCACCUCAUCAUGGCUGGUCGUGGUGCGGAAGGCGGCGGCAUGGACGCCGCAAACUUGUUCAAGCCUUUACUCGCUCGUGGGAAGCUCCGUUGCAUAGGAGCAACCACACUUGCUGAGUAUCGCAAGUACAUCGAGACUGACGCUGCCCUCGAGCGACGAUUCGCGCAGGUGCUUGUGAAUGAGCCCAGUGUACCGGAGACCAUAAGCAUCCUGCGGGGUAUUAGGGAGAAGUACGAAGUGCAUCACGGUGUGCGCAUUAUGGAUGGCGCCCUCAUCCAGGCUGCAACGCUAGCGCAUCGGUAUUUGACGUCGAGAAGGUUGCCUGACGCAGCGAUUGACCUCGUCGACGAAGCAUGUGCAAGCGUUCGUGUAACGCGCGAAACAGCACCAGAGGCUAUUGACAAGCUUCAGCGUCGCAAACUCGAGCUUGAAGUUGAGAUCCACGCCCUCGAGCGAGAAAAAGAUCAAGCAUCAAAAGAGCGUCUUGAGGUUGCGCGCAAGGCGAUAGCAGAUGUCGAGGAUCAGCUUCGGCCUCUUCAAGCCGCGUACGAGACCGAAAAGGCACGCGGUGACGAGAUACAGAAUGUACGCAGAAAGAUCGACGAGCUGAAGGCGAAAGCAGACGAGGCAGAACGCCGAUACGACCUCGCCACCGCGUCAGACCUGCGUUAUUAUGCUUUGCCAGACCUUCAGUCUCGGCUCGCUCAACUGGAGACGAAAAAGGCAGAAGAAGAUGCUGAGAUGGGUGGCGGUACCGACUCCGUUACACCUGAGCAGAUUGCAGAGAUCGUUGCAAGAUGGACGAACAUCCCCGUCACCCGCUUGAUGAGCACCGAGAAAGAAAAGCUACUGAGGAUGGAAAAGAUCUUGAGCGAACAGGUGGUCGGUCAGCCAGAAGCUGUCAAAGCUGUCGCCAAUGCGAUCAGGUUGAGCAGGAGCGGUCUAGGCAAUGCUCAACGACCCAUUGCCAGUUUCUUGAUGGCGGGCCCCUCGGGUACGGGUAAGACGCUGUUGAGCAAAACGCUCGCGACGCUCCUGUUCGACUCUCCGGAUGCCAUGAUCCGCGUUGAUGGCUCAGAGUACUCUGAGAAGCACUCCAUCGCACGUCUUAUUGGUGCACCUCCGGGCUACGUCGGUCACGACCAGGGUGGCCAGCUUACCGAGUACAUCCGUCGGAAGCCAUACUCCAUCGUCCUCAUCGAUGAGAUCGAAAAGGCAUCUCGGGAAUUCGUGACGCUCUUCUUGCAAGUUCUCGAUGAUGGCCGUCUCACUGACGGUCAAGGGCGUGUGGUCGAUUUCAGGAAUACGGUCAUCAUCAUGACGAGCAACCUUGGGGCCGCAUAUCUCAACGACAUGGGCGAUGGUCCUGUCAAGUCGGAGACUAAAGAGCUUGUCAUGGGUGCUAUCCGGGGCCACUUCCCGCCCGAGUUCAUUAACCGUAUCGACGAGAUCGUCAUAUUCCGGACGCUGUCACAAAAGAACGUGCUGAAGAUCGUGGACGUUCGACUUAAGGAAGUCCAGGAGCGUCUGGCCGACAAGAAGAUGGUGCUCGACAUUGACGGCGACGCGAAGCAGUACCUCAUGUCCAUUGGGUAUUCGCCGAUAUAUGGUGCUCGGCCGCUCAACCGCGCGAUCCAGAGCGAGCUCCUCAACCCGUUGUCGAUGAUGAUUCUCUCUGAUCGCAUCCGGGAGGGCGAGACCAUCCAGAUUCGUUUCGACGGCCCUCACAACCGCCUGUUGAUCGUUCCCAACCAUGAAGCCAGCGCAGACGGUAUGGAUGUGGAUGACGACAUCGACGAUAUCGACGACAUUGAGAUUGAAGAGAUGGACUGA